CUGCAAAUGCGCUGCGAGAGUCAAAUUCGACCGGGCUUGACAAGCAUCUGAAUCGAUUUGCGGCGCCUGAGUCUGGAGGAUAUUCGCACAGUGUGUGAGAUGGCUCUCUUGACGCCCAGCUCCAAUGCGGAGGGACCUACGUCAAGCACGCUACAGCAGACGCUCGAGGAGCUACGCAACAGCAAUUUUGGCGAUUGGGAUGAAGUCUUGAAGGUUCUGCGUCAGCCUUUGGCUCUGUUUGGCCUAGGAGUCGGUCCAAAGCGCGUCAAGAGGCACAGCGUUGGAGGUGAUGAGCCAGAUCCCACUUUUGAUCAGAGUCUGGCCCCACAGCUGACUGACGAGCAGAAGGCUUGUUUACGCCCUGCCUUUUUGGGCGACGUUCAGAGGGUAAUCUUGGAACGCAUCGCUGUCGACUGGGCGUUGGUCGUCGAGGAGGAGAUGAAAUACAAUGGAGCAAGACAUUCGAGAUGGUCCGAUCUUCUUUACGCCUGGUUUGUCGCUCCGACACGGCAGAGCGAGACGGCCUCCCCCUUCGAACCCAUCGUUGUGACCACUAUCCAGCUAGCUACACUAAGCACGCUCUCUGCAUUCUUGUCGAGCCCGCGAGCGACACAGCAUGAGAGCACAGCUCGCGCCUUGACGCGCAUCGUUCAGAUGCUCUUCAGUCGCCAAGCACAAGCAUACGAGGCAGCCUCUCAAGUCGAGCUCAGCAACCCACACGCCGAGUCGACGGCAUCUCACACAGAUAUGCCCUACCCGCUGGACCUCUGCUACAUCCACGAGACGCUGCGAAUACAAUCCGUCGAUGAACGCGCAUUAUCAAGCAGCGUGUCCCCUCAAGCUACACUUCGAUGGGCUCAGUGCGUUCGACUUCUCUUUACGCUUCCUGCAAAGAUCUCAAAUUGGAGCGAGGGCCAAGAAGACUUGUCUAGCAUGCUUGCUCGGCCAGACGAGGCGCGAAGUCUGCAGCAGCACGAUGAGUUUGGGGCUUAUCUUGCUGAACAGUUGGAGCAGCUGAUUGGCAUUGGGACUCAAGCGGACAGUCUGCGCGUGUUUGCGAGCAGAGUACUCAGGAGCGGCACAGCUGCUCCAAUUCCCCUUUCGGAGGCUUCAAGUGGCCAUGCAAGACGAGACUUCUGGUCAGCUCUUUUGCGCUGCGUUCUCAGGCGGUGCGAGAUCCUAGCUGGUCCACAUCGGUCUGACACGUACGUUCGCCCAAUUUCUGAGGGACUUGACAUAGUGGACUCGGAAGGUGGCGUCGAGGACCAAGUCGCGCUUUAUUCCGCCAGGUGGCAAAUCCUGCUUUUGCGCACCUUGCAGCGGACCGAAAGCCAGACGUUCCUUCUUUCGCUCUUGGCAUGGUUCGACGUGGUAUCGUGCGGCCUGGGCUUGAAACGAGCUGCCCCGAUCGUCCAAGACGGUCCUUCGAGAGGGCCUGUCCCCCAUGAAGAGCACCGCGACUUUUGCUCGACAGGCAAGGAGAAUCUGAGAAACGCUAUUGCGCUAGUCAUAAAGAUUUUUCUCGGACUGUCGGGGACCGAUAAGCCGCUGCAGCACAUAUCAGAUCUGGCUUCGGACUCGAGCUCAAGCGAGGAAAGCUCCGCAAGCUCGGACGAGCGCCAGCGGGCUGCCUUGCCGUGCAAGAGAACCAGCAGAGGUCCAGCUCGCCUUGCGCCACUGCUUAUUGAGGUUGUUCGAGGUACACGAUCAGCUCGUCAUUGGUCGCCGUCGCUCGCAACGGCGCUGGCUUCCGUCAUCCAAAGUGCGGGAAGCAAGGUCAUGCAGCGUAUUGCCAAAGACGUGCUUGAGACGUGGUCGGAUGCGAAACGCUGCCAAAUCGACUUGCGUGAACGCGAGCUGUACUUGACUACGCUGCUAAUUGCUCUGCCUCUGCCCUCGCCUUACGACCCUACAUUCAUCGAGGGAGUAGGAGCGCACCUGUCCCACUUGGAUCCGUACAUUCGCAGAUUGGGAAUGCUAUGUGCAGAGCUGUCGAGCCAUCACGCCGCCCAUCAGCAGAAGUCCAAGUCAGGCGAUCAAGAAGCGCCAAAGACCUUGUCAUUCAGCAAGUCCAUUUGGGAGGGGCACGGCGAGGGGCGAGAAGAAGCCAGAGUCCUUAGAAAAUUGAGUGCAAAAUUAAGAGAGGGGACCGAAAGCGGCGGUUCCGAGCCACAUUUGCGAGCCCCUCACGUCAGUGCAAGCGAGGCCGGUCGGCUGUUGGGAAUCGUGUUCGAAAUGCGACGCGGUUGCGAUCCAUUGCCUGAGCCGAUACCGGAUGCAGGACAGCCACACAGGGCACACAGCCCAGCACAGAUAGUAAGCCGUCCAAAGCCCAUCUCUAGAAGUCUUCCCACACGUGUUGCACCUGCAAGCAGGCUACAGAGACACGAUCAGGACUCGCCGUUGGGGUCCUUGCUCGCCCUUGACAGCUCUGGGACCAACGUUCGCAAUGACAGCAUGCGUCGACCACUCAUCGUCGACUUGUCGCAGACGGAAGAACGCGAUGAAAAGGUAUCUAGCUCGUCUGCUCGACAAGAUGGACUACGACCCGCUCCCGCGCACGAGUUGGAAGAGGCCGAGUCGUCUGCAUCUUCCUCUGGAGAGGACUCGUCUGCUUCUGACGCGGGCGACGAAGAGCGCGCCCACUUGCAGUCCACUUUGAAGGGCCUCAAUCUGGCCAAUGAUGCGGAUGACUCGACCAUCAGGGCGGCUUUGGAAGCGCAUCGCAGAGCGCAAAAAGCCAAGGAGACCAAGGCUUCGGGGCAGGCGGAGGAUGAAGAGUUCGGCAUGUCCGUGCCCAAGAAGAAGAGGCGAAGGGUCCCGGUGUAUGUGAAUGAGCUCCCACCUCUGUUAAGAGACCAGGAUAGAUCGGCCAAUAGAUUGGCGCUGAGACAUGCCGAAGCGCUCGUUCGUCGCAAAAGAGGUUGGGGCGGUGAAGUGGGUGAGUCAUACGCGUGCGGCUGUCAGGUGUGGUGAAGUGUAGGGCGUUUACGUAGGCAGAGUGCACACUCCAUUUCUGCGUCUAGAGGAGAACAGCGCGGAGCUGCUCUAUGCGUUGGUAGCGCUGCAGAACAACUUUGGCAUCAAGCACUUCGAAGAGAUGCGGACGAAGGCAGUGGUUGCGCUCGUCGUAGCCGCGCCUCGUAUUACUGCUCCGUGAGUGGAUGCAGUCGACAAGACCGGACGGCCUCUCGCUCAUGCUACUCGGCUCUGCCCCUCUCU